CUUAACCACUCACUAACCACUAACCUCUGUAACACAAAAAAAAAAAACACUAUCAGUUAAGUAAGUGACCUUGCAGUGCAUUGUAGUAAAAACACGUGUUAUAAGUAAACAAAAAUGUCAACGGUAGUGCCAGUGGGUAAGAAUUUCAAAGAACACAACAAGAUCUUCAAAGAAAACCGUCGAAAAUGGCGCGAGGAGCGUUUGAUGAAGAAAAUGGCCGCUUCUAAGCCCACCAAUUCUUCUCCACCAGAGUCUGACUCUAAUUCUGCACCUGAGGUGCCUAAAAAAGUGGUUCCAACUUUAUCAAUCGCAGUUCCUGGGUCUAUAUUAGACAACGCACAGUCCCAAGAAUUGCGGACGUACCUAGCUGGGCAAAUCGCAAGAGCGGCUUGCGUUUACCAGGUAGAUGAAGUGGUGGUCUUUGACGACCAGGGUGAGAUCACGGAAUUGGAAAGACAUUCUAAGAAGGUUAAGGUUGAGACCACCUGGCAGACUGAAGGGAAUAGCACAGAUGUGGCUUAUAGAAGAGCUUGCCUACAAUUGGCCAGGAUCCUUCAGUACUUGGAGUGUCCCCAGUACUUGAGGAAGUACUUCUUCCCUUUGCACAAAGAUCUGCAAUUUGCAGGAUUGUUGAACCCUUUGGAUGCUCCGCACCAUCUUAGGCAGAACGACUAUUGCCAGUUCAGAGAGGGCGUUGUGGUAGACAAGCCGCUGAAGCCUGGAAGAGGCUCCCAAGUUAAUUGCGGAUUGUUAAGGGACGUUGAGAUUGAUAAGACGAUUAGUCCUAAUCUCAGGGUCACUGUUAAGAUCCCGGAAGCGAUUGACGGUAAAAAGAUCAAGGGCCAGGUUGUGAGUCCAAGGACUCCCAAGGAAAAUGGAAUCUACUGGGGAUAUUCUGUGAGAAUUGCGAGGAGCUUGUCGGAGAUUAUUGAAAAGUGCCCCUAUAAGGAAGGCUAUGAUGUUAUUGUAGGUACUUCGGAUAAAGGAAAAAGUGUUGAUCACCUGGAUGAUGGAGCGCUGGUUUAUAGGAGAGGCUUGAUCGUCUUCGGAGGACUCGCGGGACUUGAAGCGGCGCUUGAAGCUGAUCCCAAGCUGAAUUUUCAGGAUCCCAGGUUGCUCUUUGCGGAGUAUGUUAAUACUUGUCCGAGGCAAGGGUCUAGGACGAUUAGGACCGAGGAGGCGAUUCUGAUCAGUCUUGCGGAGAUGAGGAAGAAAAUGGUACCCUGGAAUGAAUUGUAAUUUUGAGUGAAUAAAAGGUUUUUUUUUUUUAAUGGA